AUGAUUGCACAGGUUAUUACAGAUUUAACAAAGGAAUUUGAUCUCAAAGAUCUGGGGUCUCUCCAUUAUUUUCUUGGGAUACAAAUCACAAGAACAGCUGAAGGGUUAUUCUUAUCUCGAGUGAAGUAUGUGACAGAUUUGUUGAAGAAAACUGAAAUGCUUGAGUCUAAACCAUGUGCAACUCCCUGUUUACCUUAUAACAGAUUAUUGAAGGAUGAUGGGGAACCUUUUAAUAAUCCAACCCUCUACAGAAGUAUUGUUGGUGCCUUACAAUACUUGGUUUUUACACGACCUGACAUAGCCUUUUCAGUUCACCAAGUUUGUCAGUUUAUGCAGUCUCCAAUGACUUCUCAUUAUUUGGCUGUAAAGAGAAUAUUGAGGUAUCUCAAAGAGACUAUGACACAUGGAAUUCGAUAUACAAAAGGCAGUUUAACACUUAGAUCGUUUAGUGAUGCAGAUUGGGCUGGAGACCCUAAUGAUAGGCAGUCUACAACAGGUUUAGUGGUGUUUCUUGGUAACAAUCCUAUCUCUUGGGCUUCAAAGAAACAACAAACCGUAUCAAGGUCAUUAACUGAAGCUGAAUAUCGCACCCUUUCAUCCACUGCUGCUGAAUUGGAUUGGCUGCAACAAUUGUUUCAGUUUGCUGAUAUUCUUACCAAAGGUCUGAGUUCGCCAUUUUUCAAGACUCACUGCACCAAUCUCAUGCUUGGGCCACCAUGA